ACCCAAUAUAUAUUCAUAUCAACAAAACCAAACCAAUUGUGUCAUAUUUGAUUUUGUGGAUAUAUACUUAGUAUUCUCUUGAUUUGUCAAUAUGACUGUUUGCAUUGAGCAAUCUCUACCCGAUUCACAAGUGGUGGAAAACAAGAACCAUUAUUGUGAUAGCAAUGAAUUGGUAUUGGAUGGAGGGUUUGUGGUGCCUAACAAUGUGGCUAGCGGUGGUUUUGAUGCCCCCGAAAUUAAUGCUUUUGGUCACACUUUCAGAGACUAUGAUGUCGAGUGCGAACGACAUAAGCAAGUUGAGGACUUUUACAGGAUGAACCACAUAAACCAAACAUAUGACUUUGUGAAAAGGAUGAGGGAAGAGUACAAGAAAUUGGAUAAGUUGGAGAUGAGCAUUUGGGAAUGUUGCGAGUUAUUGAACGAGGUUGUGGACGAUAGCGAUCCCGAUUUGGAUGAGCCACAAAUCGAGCAUUUGUUGCAGACAGCCGAAGCCAUUAGGAAAGACUAUCCAAACGAAGAUUGGCUUCACUUGACUGCCCUCAUUCAUGACCUUGGAAAAGUUCUGCUCCUUCCACAAUUUGGAGAACUUCCACAAUGGGCUGUUGUGGGUGACACACACCCUCUUGGUUGUGCGUUUGACGAAUCCAUUGUUCACCACAAGUAUUUCAAGGAAAACCCGGAUACUAACAAUCCUGUUUAUCAGACUAAGAACGGAAUCUAUUCAGAAGGAUGUGGACUAGAGAAUGUUAUGAUCUCUUGGGGCCAUGAUGACUACAUGUACUUGGUGGCUAAGGAAAAUGGAACUACUCUGCCUCAAGCGGGCCUAUUCAUUAUUCGUUACCAUUCUUUCUAUCCAUUGCAUCGUGCUGGAGCGUAUAAGCAUUUGAUGAACCAAGAGGAUGCUGAGAACUUGAAAUGGCUUCAUGUAUUCAACAAGUAUGACCUUUACAGUAAAAGCAAAGUACGUGUCGACGUAGAAAAGGUCAAGCCUUACUAUCUAUCCCUAAUUGAAAAGUAUUUCCCUGAAAGGCUCAGAUGGUGAAGUUUGAAUUAAAUAUACUAAAGGAAAUCUAUCCAGAUUGUUUGGCAAUAGUAGGAAACUGUAAAUCUUUCAAGAUGUAUUAUCUUCGAGCUGAGUGUAUGUAUUGCCUUGAUUCAUGUUCAAAGUCUGUAUGUCCCAAUGUUUGUGUCCUUGACUAAAUACAAUUCAUGAUGUUCAGUUUA